GCUCGCGGAGCCGAACAGGCCCGGAAGAAGAACAGUGGAAGCCAUCCUUCCGAGGCUGGACGGAUGGUUGGAUCGGGUAGGAGCUAGGGCGUCCUUUAGAACGACACAGGUGCUCUCCGGACAUGGAUGUUUCGGGGAGUACCUGUGUCGUAUAGGACGAGACGAAGACGCGAGAUGUCGGCAUUGUGAGGCGGACAGGGACUCGGCGCAACACACUCUUGAGGAGUGCCCAGCCUGGGAGGUGAAGCGCCGAGUCCUGUCUGAUGCAAUUGGGGACGACUUAUCACUGGGGGCUGUCAAGGCCCUGGUGAAUGAGGAGGGAGCGUGGGCGGCUUUCUCGGAAUUUUGUGAGAAAAUAAUUUCACAGAAGGAAGAGGCAGAGAGAGAGCGAAGAGGCGAGGUAGACCCUCCGACACAGCAGGAUGGAGGCGGUGGCGCUCCGCCAAGGAGAUAUAGGAGAGGCGGGCGUCGGCGUUUAGCACAUUUGAGGGACUAA